CGGUGCGACCGCAGCGGACAAGACUCGAGCGGGCGCCGCGCGGGCAGAUCGGGAGCCCUCAUCCCGGGGAGCACGCGCCCCCCUUUCGGGGGAUCCGGCCACAUCAUUUCGGGCUCCAAGGUGGGAGCGGAGCAGGAGAGCGGGACUGUGAGCAUCACUCUGCCGGCUCGGGGGCCGGCCAUGGCGCCGGGACAGAGCAGCGCCCCCGAAGGGUGGCUGCUCCACAACGAGAGGGUCCGGCUGCUGGUUUGCUUCCUGGGGGUGUUCGUCUGCUACUUCUACUACGGAAUUCUGCAGGAGAGCAUCACGAGAGGAGAGUACCGAACAGGAGACGUGCAGGAGAAGUUCAAGUAUGCCACGACGCUGGUCUUCAUUCAGUGCAUCAUCAACGCCUUCUUCGCCAGGCUUCUCAUCCAGAUAUUCGAGAAGGCCAAGCCUGACCGCACCAGCAGCUGGCUCUAUGCAGUGUGCUCGCUGUCCUACCUGGGUGCCAUGGUGUCCAGCAAUUCGGCCCUUCAGUACGUCAACUACCCGACACAGGUCCUUGGCAAGUCCUGCAAGCCCAUUCCAGUGAUGAUUUUAGGGGUGACGAUCUUGCGGAAGAAGUACCCCCUGGCCAAGUACCUCUGCGUGCUGCUGAUCGUCAGCGGGGUGGCGCUGUUCAUGUACCGGCCCAAGAAGGGCACAGCCGAUGCAGACGACCACAUCUUUGGCUUCGGCGAGAUGCUGCUGGUGCUCUCCCUGACGCUGGACGGUCUGACCGGCGUGGCACAGGACCACAUGAGGGCGCACUUCCAGACGGGCUCCAAUCACAUGAUGCUCAACGUCAACCUCUGGUCGAUCCUCGUGUUGGGGGCAGGCAUCCUGUGGAGCGGUGAACUCUGGGAGUUCCUCAGCUUUACCGAUCGCUAUCCCAGCAUCCUCUACAACAUCCUGCUGUUUGGACUGACGAGUGCCAUUGGGCAGAGCUUCAUCUUCAUGACGGUGGUGUACUUUGGGCCCCUCACGUGCUCCAUCAUAACGACCACCCGCAAGUUCUUCACCAUCUUGGGCUCUGUCCUCAUUUUCGGCAACACCCUGACCAUGAUGCAGUGGACCGGCACGUUCCUGGUGUUCCUUGGCCUGGGACUCGAUGCCAAAUUUGGAAAGGGGCCCAAAAAGACGUCCCAUUAGGAAGAACCCGAGGUGGCCCAUCCAGACUGGCACGGCUCAAAUUAUCGAGGACUUUUGUAUUUUAUUGGUAGUCUGAUUGUUAUCAUGUGGCGGAUUCACUAAAUAAAGGAGGACGGCGGGCA